AUGAUGCCAAGGAACGGCAGCAGAACCCCGGAGUCGCUUCCAAGCCAAUUCCCUCGCCCAAGCACCCGGCCUUCCUCCGGCAGCAGGGCACGACCGCCUGCCGCGCCGCCUCUGACAGGCGGAGGACGCACAGAGCAGCGGCGAAGAAGGGAGGAACCACCCACCGACUUGCGGCGGGGAGGCACCAGCGACCGCCCUCCGCGAGCGGCGCUUCCGCCGGCCCCACAGGGACCCGCCCCGGGGGAGGCGCCGGCGGGGGGCGGGGCGGGGGCGGCACUGGCUGCGGGCGGGCGCGAGCUCGUGGCCGGGUCCGCCGCGCGGCGCCUGCCUGUCCCCGCCACCGCACCUGGAGCCCCCUCUGCUCGCGCCCGUGCCCGCUCCCCCCUCCACCAGCGGGCUCUCCGGCUCCUUCCCCGCCCCGGCUCUCCGAGCCCGCCCGGCUCCCGUGGCUCCGCCCGGCUGCCGGCCGCUCCCGCCGCUUACCCUUUGCUCCGUUCCGCGGGGGGCGGGCCGCAGCCGGCCGCGUCACGUGACGCGCGGGCCUCGCUGUGCUCCCGGAACGGCCGCCCCGAGCCGCCCGAGGGACCGCGGCUGCCCACGCUGCGCCGCGCGUCCGGCGCGGCCGGGCCUUGUACCGCACGCAGGGCAAGGCAGGCCCUGCGCGGAAUAAGCACUGCAACCAGGGCCUGCCGGUUUGCUUGCCUGCUUCUCUGCCACUCGGGAGCUCAGAGCCAGCGGGUGUGGUGCCGAAACCCAGGACCGGGAGUGCCUCCUGCCGGACCCCCGCCCUUGCGGCUGCUUCUGUGUGCUCGGCUCCGAGACUCCUUUUUGCUGCCGUCUCUACACCACAAGCCUGCUCGCCUUCUCCCUGUGUCCCGGCCGUUUGAGGGUCCAGAGCCAAUGUGUGGGGUGCCACGGGGACUGGGAGAGGGUCAUAUUUUCCAUUCCGGGGAGGUUCCCGCCUUCCUUUGCAGACACCUGUCUUUUAAACCACAACAUGCUUAAAACAUAUUUACAAAAGAAAUAUUAUUAGCUUUGGUGUGAUUUUGUUUUCUGAAAUACAUGAUUUGGAUUUGAUAUUUAUCACUUGAUGCCAACAUAUAUGCUACACAGGGAAAACCAGUGAUCGUUACCCUAUCUCACUUUUUGUUUUCCCUUGACACCUUUUUAAAUAAGCAUAACCUUUACAAUCAGUUAAGUUUUACUAACUUUGUUGUUGGUUCACCUUUACUUAAUGCAUUCUUUUACACAUUUGAAUAUUGUGCUGUCUUUAAGAUUCUACAGGUAGGUUAUCAGUGCACUGUGUAGAAAUUAAUAGAGUAUUUGACCACUGCUAUCCACCAACUCCAUUUUCAUGUAAAUAUUUUACUGUGAAACCGUCACUAAUUGUUUAUAUAUAUUGCUGGAAAACACAAUAUUGUCUUUUUAAUUGUAACAGAAGAGAAACACCUUACAGGAAUGUGCUUCAAUGUUUCCAUACACUUGAAGCUGACAGUAUGAAAUAAUUCCCUCUAAAACUCUUGAGCUGAAACUCUUUUCAGAUUAUAGAUUUUUGCUAUAAACCUCUCAAAAUCAAGUCAUGGCUUAUCAGUUCUCUUCAUUAUGAAAUCAGGUGUGUGCUAAGCAACUAGCAGGAAAUGCCCAUUCUUACUCUUUAUUUAGUUGUGGAUAAAGUGAAAUUUAUCGAAGCUGAUACUAAAACUAUGAGCUGCAAAUGAUGCAUUAACAAUGUUUGCACCAUUGUAUUUUUCUUUUUUUAAUAAGUAUUCUACAAUAACUGCAUUGGUACCCAAAAGUAAAUGACAAGGUUUUUUGCUUUCAACUCUUAACAAGGAGGCACUGAAAAUGUUUUACUGCUUUUGUGCUUUGAUGCAUCUGUGACUGAAAUAAAGAAAAAAUGAGCCCUUUUUACCCAUCUCUUCAAUUGCAUUUCAGUUGAGAGUACCACUAAA